CUAACGGCCUACUUAGUUGGCAAUGUCCCAUAUAAUAUGGGUGAAGAGCAAUUAAUCGAUGUUUUCAAGUCAGUUGGGCAGGUUAUUGGCUUCAGACUCGUGUUCGAUAGGGAGACGGGGAAGCCGCGCGGAUACGGAUUUUGUGAAUUCACGGAUCACGAGACGGCUAUGUCCGCCGUCCGAAACCUCAACAAUAUUGACGUUGGAGGGCGUCCGCUGCGGAUAGACCUUGCUGAUUCGGACCCCUUCCUAGAGGGAAAGACGACAGUCCGCGAUCCCAACGCUUUUCUGGCGGCAAUUCCUCCAGGUGUACCGGUGCCACCAGGAAAGACACCUCCAGAUGUGAUCUCACAAGUUCUCGCUGAGAUGCCUCCCAGCCAAGUGAUUGAAGUGCUGGCGCAAAUGAAGGCGUUUGUUAUCACGCAUCCGGAGCAAGCACGAAAACUACUGAUGGCGCAUCCACAGCUCGGGUAUGCCCUCUUCCAAGCCAUGAUCAUGCACAAGAUU